AUGUCGACAAAAGACAUGGCUCAACAAAAGUAUGCUGAUAUUCAGAAGUAUGAAGAUGAAAUAUACUACUCGCCACGCUACGCUGAUGAGACACAUGAAUACAGACAUGUUGCUCUACCGAAACAACUGGCCAAAUAUGUUCCUCAAGGUCGACUGAUGGCAGAGCAAGAAUGGAGGGGUCUCGGCGUCAAGCAAUCUCAAGGAUGGGCCCAUUACAUGAUUCACAACCCUGAACCUCACAUCUUGCUGUUUCGACGUGACAAGGAUCCAGAUCCUGCAGCAAUACCAACAGCAACCGGUUCUCAACCAGUCAAAGACGCCAAAAGUCGAGUUGGAGGGCUCGUAGCUUGA